CCAAGCCACAUCCAUCAUGAGUUUCAUGCCUGUCAACCCCAGACCGUUCCUCCAGGACCUGGUCAACAAGGAGAUCUUUGUCCGCCUCAAGUGGAACGAGACCGAGUACAAGGGUAGACUGGUCUCCAUCGAUAGCUACAUGAACAUUCAGCUCGCCGAGGCCCAAGAGUACAUAAAAAACAACUUCUCCGGCUCUCUGGGCCAGGUGCUCAUCAGGUGCAACAACGUGCUCUGGAUCAGAGCUGCGGGCCAAGACGGGGAAAAUGGGGAUACCAAGAUGGACGGCUGACCAUGUUGAAUGUGUUGCGCUGUUUUUGAAGGGACAGGGAGACAGGGUGAUGAGGUAGAGAAGGCGGCACAGAAGAUUUGGAGAAGAAACGAGAAAGAAAGAAAAAAAACUGCCGCCGGGCUGUGACUAUCUAUGCCACGCAAGGGCUCAGGGCCGCGCAUAGGGAAGAGAUAUCAUCAUCUGCACAGACACGACUCGCCGCGCACGUGUGGAAGGGGGGGAACUAGAGAGAGAGGGAGGGAGAAAGAGGAAUUGCACUACGAGGAUCCGGCGUUCAUGGAAGAAAAGGAUCAUGCAAUGCUGUUGGGCAAAAUGAAGCGUAAAACUCCCCCAAUCGAUAACGAGGAGAAGACCCAAAAGCGGGGGAUUCGUCAGAGCUGUACGGGUCAUAUUCUAGGUACGGCCAUAAGUCAAAAACCAGUGCCUCUCUCGUAAAGGAAAAGGAUCAUCUCAGCUCAGCCAGAAAUCCCAGGCAGUUCCUAUCC